UUUUCCUCUAACUUCAUUAAUUGUGUUAAGUUUCUACAGUGACAAAUAUAAACAAGGAUGUGAUGGAAAUAAUACUGGUCAAUCCUGAACAACUCACAGAGUUCUUGAAAUCCAAAAGGCUGAUAGAUGGCCUCAUGGAUUUGUUACUUCUUAGAAGGCAAAGAGAACUCAUAAAAAAUGCGUGGCAAAUGUUUUUGAAUGCUUGCGACUCGGUCACCAUGCUAUCAAACGCUCUUAUGACUUUUGCGGCGACAUACGAAAUACGAAAUUCAGGUGGUAAAGCAACCGUAGAUGUGAUGAUGUUCACUUCAUAUUUUUUGGGAAGCAUUUUGGCGUUGUUUUCUGUUUGCCACUUCUCAACUCUUCUUCAAGAUGCUCAUGACAAUCUAUCGGUUGCACUUUGGGGGUCCGAAUGGACUACUGAUGGGAUAAAAUUUAAAAAACUUUUCUUUCUCUCUAUGGUGUCUCUGAGACGACCAUUUGUAUUAAAAUUCUACUCGCACUAUCCGAUCAACCUUAAAGGCUUCGCUAAGAGUAUAUCCAGUUCCUGGUCGUUCUUCUUGUUCCUGUAUCAGAUUUCUUCAAAAAAGGAAGUUUACCGGGCCAUCUAAGUUAAAGGUGCCAGGGAGGGAUUAAUCUCAUCAAUUUUUGUAAACAAAAUAUAUGGAGACAAUUAUUAAACCUUAAAA